GUGAUUAGUGCGCUUUGUUUACUUUUGUGAAUCGUGGAUCGCUCUCGCUUUUCUUGUUAUUUAUCGUCAAAAUCGAAGAUGUGGACCGACUUUGAAAGACGCAUCGCCCUAUUUGAUUUUUGACGAGACUGGCCGAGCCGCGAGAUGAAGGCGAUUUUCAAUGUCCGCGCCACCGCCAACGGCAAGCCUGCGCUGGACGACGUCCGCGUCAUCGAACUGAGACCAUCGAGGACAAAGCAACCUCCUACAACAGGGGUGAUGCGAGCGGCUCAGCCCGGCGGCGUGGCAGCGACAUGUACCCUUGGUACCGGGACGCUGGACACCUCGGACAGUUCAACCCGCCAGACCAUGCCGGCCACCAUCAAGACCGAGAGCGGCUACAACGACUGCAUGCUCGCCCUCGACUACGCCGCCCAGUCAAAGGGACGGCGAGCAGCUGGGGUGGCUUCGGAGCAUCCGCGUUGGACGGGCAGACGUCGCAGUUGACGCUGGACGGCCAGUACUCGUGCGAGGCGCGCAGUAAGAUGGGCAGCGUCGUGUGCUGCGCCGGCUCGAGCUCAUAGACGCCCAAGUUGGAGCGAGGAGCACAGCGCCGUCCAACCACCUUUCACCGUCUGACUCGCAGCUUGCUUAAGUGCGCAUGCGUGGUUGGCAGCUGGCGGUGGCAGUCUCCACUCACAAUCUCCAGUAUGGCAGCGACAUCAGCUGGAGGAUGACGUGCGCGGUGCACUGCAGUCGUGAUUGAGGGGCCGGCGACCACCAGGCGACUAUCGAGGAACACGGCUACAUUUCGGGGACGGCGAGCAGCUGGUGGCUUCAGAGCGGCUGCGGGCGUCGAUUGACGGGCAGACGGCGCAGUUGUUUGCGGUGGAUGGGAAGAAGGAGGCGGAGCCAGGCACAGCUUGCUGUGCGCAUGCGUGGUUGGCAGCUGGCGGUGGCAGUCUCCACUCACAAUCUCCAGUAUGGCAGCGACAUCAGCUGGAGGAUGACGUGCGCGGUGCACUGCAGUCGUGAUUGAGGGGCCGGCGACCACCAGGCGACUAUCGAGGAACACGGCUACAUUUCGGAUGGAGAGCCAAUUGGAGCGGACGACGACGGAGACGACGGAUAUUUGUGCACGGUGAGCGAGGAGCUGGACUCUGGCAAAGGAAACGGAGCUGGCGCGGUGGAGCACGGAGAAAGGCCGAACCUCGAGCAAACCGCCGCGGCCGCCGCGCAAGCAUGAGCUGGAGCAGGACCAGGAGCAGGAGGAGGAGCAGCAGCCAAUUCUGUCAGAGUCAGAGGCCUGGUCCGAGCCGGACCGCACCGUCUCGCUCGCGCGCAUCAGCCUGCCCGAGAACAAGACGCCCGUCAACCAGACCGUCUCGUCGCCAAACUCCUCCGAGCUCGAGCACUCGCCCCGCACCCCAGAAAUGGUGGUUGCAGGCAAGAAAGCGUCGUACAAGAAGCUGUUGCAGCGGCUGCACGCGAUGGAGCAGAUCAUCGAAGCGCUGCAGGCCGAGCUGAGCGCGCACAAGGCCCUGGCCAAGGCCGAGCAGCCGGUGGGGCAGGAGGCGGCGCUGGAAUCGCAGCGGGCGCGACUAAGUGGUGGUGCGGCAGAGCGAGGCGACGCGGCAGCAGCUGGAGGCGGCGGCGAGGCGGGCGCCGAGGCCUAGCGGCAGCUGGCGGAGGCGGAGGGCCGCGUGCGGCAGCUCGAGGCCAAGCUGAGCGAGCGGGACGGCAUGCAGCGCCACCUGCAGCUCGUGCAGCUCGAGACGCAGGAGGCACUGGCCACUAUGGAGGCGGCCAGGGCGGCCAUGCACGACGAACUGGCGCACACGAGGCUCGCCUGCCAGCAGCUGGAGCGACGUGCGCUCGACGCCACCAGCAAGUGCCAACGGCUCGAGCAAGCCUCCAAGCAGGACAUGCAGCGCAGCCAGCAGCUGGCCAAGCAGGUCGAUGAGGCGGAAGUGCAGUGCCGCGUGCUGACGCAGCAGGUGCAGCAGCUCGAGGCAGCGCGCGCCUCAGACAGCGACAAACACUCUGUCAGCCGGCACACGCAGUCUUCGCCGGACCUGGGCAUAGAGAGCGACACCGGCCGCAGCGGCGGCGGAGGCGACGAGUGCAGCCGACUCAAGGAGAACUGGUAGCUCAAGCAGAAGCUUACCGAGAGCCAAUAUCCAUCUUGGAACGCUGCCUUGAGGCGCUCUCCAAGAACCGCGACCGGCUGCACGUAUAGGCCUCCAUGGAGAAGAAGCUGUUGCGCACGGACGAGGUGCUUCUCACGGACGAGGUGCUUCUCAAGGCCUCGCACAACCUCAAGCUGCUGCCCAAGUCGCCCCAAAUUGCUGUCGUUAAGGUGCUGGACUAUGAGAGGACGAUGCCUAGCUUGAGUCCGCCGCUGAGGAAUAUACCAUCGCCGACGUCGUCCGUGUCUUCAACUGCUCGGAGCACUCGUCUGCAUCCUCGGCGCUUGCGGCCGCAACGUCGGCCUUUUUGGCGUCGCUGACGUCCACUCUGAGAAAAAGAAGGAGGCGGAGCCAAGCACAGCAUGCACAAGUGCGCAUGCGUGGUUGGCAGACCCAGACACCAGUCGUCCAGUCUGGCAGCGACAGCGACUGAAGGAUGACGUGCGCGGUGAUGUUCUACAGCCGUGAUUGAGGGGCCAAGCGGCCACUAGGCGACUAUCGAGAACCAUGGCCACAUUUUGGCCGUGCCGUGAACGAGAAUUAAGAGGCCUGCGAGGUGGCCGGCGACCACCAGGCGGCCAUGGAGGGCCGUGGCCGGCCAUGGACGGCGUGCGGGACAAGUCAGAGGGCCCCGCUCAGCCAGAUUCUGAUUCCCAGUUUGCGAGGCCGACUUCUUCCAAGUGCGUCGUCACGCUGGCUUGCAAGGACUUCCGCAAAUUACAGCAGCAGCAGCCUCCGCCAGCAGCAAAGGUCCAACCUCCGACCCAGGCUCACCCGCGGCCACAUACCGGCCGUGCCGUGAUCGAGGAUUAUCAGGCCUGCGAGGUGGCCGGAGACCAACAGGCGGCCACCGAGGGCCGUGGCAGGCCACGGACGGCGUGCGGGACAAGUCAGAGUGCCCCGCUCAGCCAGAUUCUGAUUCCCAGUUUGCGAGGCCGACUAUUCCCAAGUGCAUCGUCACGCGCCUUGCAAGGAUAUCGGCAAAUUGAAGCAGCAGUAGCCUCCGCCAGCAGCACAUGCAGGUGCAACCCCCGACCCUGCGGCCGCCGCCCGUCGCUGAGAGCGAUUCUUUCGUUUGGAUGUCCAGCACAACAUACCCAUGCCCGCCAGCCGCACGAGAUGCUCUAUUUCGGCGACAGAUGUUUACUGCCUGGCCCUUCCUUCGAGUUGCUUCGGCAUCAAGGUGCUGAACGCUGAGGAGACGGACGUUGCUUAGCUCGAGUUAGACGUUGAGGAUUACGUAUACGCGCGAUAGUCCAUCGCCAACGUCGUCCGUGUCUCUCGACUUAGUCGGCCAACUGCUCGGAGCACUGGGCUGCAUCUUUGGCGCUUGCGGCCGGGGCGUUGGCCUUUUUGGCAGUGCUGCCGUCCAAUUCUCAUCCGCUGGGGCGAUUGUCGGCAACCCCUUCAGCAGCGGGAACGACGGGAACGUGCAUCCGUCGCGCGAUCUCAUCCUCAAUAGCCUUCGGCAGCACGUGCAACGCGUCAAUGUCAAGCUGGUUUCCAGCCUGGCCGACGCCGUGAAGAAGACGGAGCCGCCCAGCAUCCAGGUUACGCCACGCCACCAGGGUUCCAUCCAGAAAGUCAGACGCGAUUGAGUCUCUGUCCAAGAGCGUGAAGCAGUUUGCAAACAAGGCUCUAAACUGUGGUGACGCGGAGAGCAAGUUGGCCGUUCCCGAACCGACGCUAAGCCUGGCUAAAAAGCUGGCCAAGCCUUCGGUCGCCGAGAGGAACUCGUUCGGUGACUCCGCGCUGGCCGACCUCACUCUAUAGUCAGACCAGCGUUGGCGUUCACUCCUUGAGCGCGUCUCCUUGUCCUCGCUCGAGAAGCAGAUCUCCGAGCUGACCAAUGCCAAGUCAGCCACUUUCACAAAUCACCGUCAGACUCGCAGGCAUGGCUCUGGCAGAUACUGGAGGAUGUGUGCUCUGUUGGCCUGCGGCCGUAAUUUAGUUGCCCGGGACCCGGCCAACGACCAUUUGGUGACUGUCGAGGACCACAGCUGACCCGCGGCCACACACAGGAAGCAGUGAGUGUGAGCGAAGAGCUGGCGCGGUGGAGCACGGAGAGAGGCCGAACGUCGAGCAAACCUUCGCGACGCGACCUCGACUCCGCCAGCAAGUACCAAUGCCUCGAGCAAGCCUCCAAGCAAGACAUGCAGCAGCUGGCCAAGCAGGUCGAAGAAGCGGAGGUGCAGUGCUGUGCGCGGACGCAGCAGGUGCAGCAGCUUGAGGCGACGCGCGCCUCCGAUAGCGACGAGCUCUGCCAGCCGGCACACUGUUCUCGCCUGACCUGGGCAUAGAGAGCUACACCGGCCGCGGCGACGAGCGCAGCCGACUCAAUCAGGAGAACUGGCAGCUCAAGCAGAAGCUUACCAAGAGCCAAUCCAUCUUGGAACGCUGCUUUGAGGCGCUCUACAAGAACCGCGACCGGCUGAGCGUAUAGGCCUCCAUGGAGAAGAAGCUGUUGCGCACGGACGAGGUGCUUCUGAAGGCCUUGCACAACCUCAAGCUGCUGCCCAAGUCGCCCCGAAUUGCUGUCGUUAAGGUGCUGGACUAUGAGAGGAUGAUGCCUAGCUUGAGUCCGCCGCUGAGGAAUAUACCAUCGCCGACAUCGUCCGUGUCUUCAACUUCGCCGGCCAACUGCUCGGAGCACUCGUCUGCAUCCUCGGCGCUUGCAGCCGCGACGUCGGCCUUUUUGGCGUCGCUGACGUCCACUAUGAGAAGAAGAAGGAGGUGGAGCCAAGCACAGCAUGCACAAGUGCGCAUGCGUGGUUGGCAGCUGGCGUUGGCAGACCCAGACUCCAGUCGUCCAGUCUGGCAGCGACAGCGACUGAAGGAUGACGUGCGCGGUGAUGUUCUACAGCCGUGAUUGAGGGGCCAAGCGGCCACUAGGCAACUAUCGAGGACCAUGGCCACAUUUCGGCCGUGCCGUGAUCGAGGAUUAUGAGGCCUGCGAGGUGGCCGGCGACCAACAGGCGGCCACCGAGGGCCGUGGCAGGCCACGGACGGCGUGCGGGACAAGUCAGAGUGCCCCGCUCAGCCAGAUUCUGAUUCCCAGUUUGCGAGGCCGACUAUUCCCAAGUGCAUCGUCACGCGGGCUUGCAAGGAUAUCCGCAAAUUGAAGCAGCAGCAGCCUCCGCCAGCAGCACAUGCAGGUGCAACCUUCGUCCCUGCGGCCGCCGCCCGUCGCUGAGAGCGUCUCCGCCUCCCCUGUCAACUCGCUCCUUGGCCACAUCCACGCAAGUUCCUUGACGCGCCGCAACACUCGGAAUUCAUU